GCGUCGGUUGCGUUCGCAUCGGACGUCGGUCAGCCCCGACGCCCAGACGGAAUUAGUCAUCCACCGGCCCCUUUUAUACUUAGCUCGCAGAUUCCAACGAAAUCCUCUACACAACAACACAAACUUCUUUUCCGAUAUUGUUUCAGGCGGAAGGACGAGGAAAACCGGAUACGGAAGAAGCAAGAUAUGGCGCUCGCACAGAUCGGUACCGGAACUGCGCUGGUGAGGGAGGAGGAGUCGGAAUCCAACGAGCAGACCACUCUGUCCGAGUCGCACAAGGAUCUUGGCCACACGAAGAUGUCAGAGAAGAGCGCCUCCUUCGAGGGCACUCAGGUGUCUAAAAUGAAGGAGGAAACUGAGAACUCGUCGAGCACCCAGGAGUCGACGAGCAGCUGCAGCGUGAUGCAAUCGGUUUCACAAUCGGAAGACAAAGUGCGAGCACUGAAACCCUUUGAACCGUUGAAGCCCUUCGAGCCUCCGAAAUCCUUCGAACUGGCGCAACAGUUAUCCAAUGGUGCCAAGAACGAAGAAGAAGCGAAAGAGAAACCCGUACAGAAGUCCUACGCGAUACCACUACUGCCCGUAGAUAGUAUAAAACCUAUAAACAUAUCAGAUAUUAUAGAAGAUCCAGUUCCUGUUAGAAACUUCAAUUCCGGUCCUAAACCCUUCACUUUACUAAGCACUACUAAUACCAGUACUAUCAGUACCCCACCAAAACCUUAUGAACCACUGCCGAUAGCGGAAAUCAAGGAGGAAAAGAUUAAGAACACGCUGAAAGAGAUUAUUUCGGAUUUGGAUACUUAUGCAGAGAAAGAUUCCGAGCUGAAAGAGGCAAGACUCGAUGCGGAGGAACAGAGCGCGUUUCAAUCAAAAGAGCCUGUUGCGAAGCAAGAAGUUAAGGAAGCCAAUGAAGAUUGUUCUAAAACACCAUCAAAUUUUCAGACAAACGAAUGGGGUGGCAAUAUGGACUUCAAAACGAAGAUGAUCCAGGAACUUCACCAAUUGCACCAACAGAACCAUCAAGAUGACGACGAGCAGGAUGAGAACUCUAAUCCAAACAAACCGCCGGUCAACUUGGAGAAGAUUUUCACGCCGGCCGACGAUGCCCCGCAAAUUACACCGAAGAACAAAAAAAUGUACGCAUCUUCUGCAUUCUACGCGUCUGGUCUUCACCCCACCGUCGAGGAUCAAGUAGAGUUGGCUAGAAGAAUUUCAAGUUCUCUGAGCGAUAUCAGCAACAAAUCGAGCAAGGGUCAGUCUAUGUACGUGAACAGAAAGAAGAGAUCCGUCAAGUGGGUUCACGAAAGCGAAGGUGACCUUAACGGAACUCAGAAUGGAAAUGGGGAAACGGGUCCCGAUGGCAAAUCGAUCCUGAAGCUGGUCAUGAAUCCUCAUGGUCAAGUUCAAGACAUAAACUCGCUGAGGAAGCAAGGUUUUAACAUCGAAUCCGCCCUAUCACCUGACGUCUGCGCGGAAAUCGUAAAGGAUUUGAACUCACCGAAAGGAAAAGGAGCCGAGUUGUUUGCGAAGAGACGCAAAAGGUCCGAGAAAUGGGUGGUUGGCGAGACCAUUGGAGCCAAACAGGAAGUGUUGACGGAUAUUGCGCCUUCUCCGACUCCGAUCCUGUCGCCGCUUCCGCCUCUGAGCAAUCUGCCGGCCCCGAGUUACUUACCGGAAACGGCCCAGCGCAUGCAGCACAAGGAAAAGUUGGACGAGAUUCAGGAGCGCUUCAGCCGGCCGAGAGUCAAACUGGUCAAAUCCCCCUGGGAGGCGGCCCUGGAAACUGGCUCAGUCGACUCUGCGUUUGAGAAUCUGCAUCCGCCUACGUUCCCCACCAAGGGCUCGUUCGUUGCCCCCGUUGUUAACUCGUACGAAGAAGCCCUCAGGAACGAUAGUUUGGAAUCGUGGUCUGCAAUGCCGACCAACGGGUACGCACAUAAUCCAGCCUACAACAGCAACAGCAUCAACCGAAUUGUGGAUAAUCUGCAAAAGGGCUUGACCAACGUUGAUGUCUACAAACCUAGCUUGCCCCAAGCUUGGAAUGCGAAACCCGUUCUGAAGACGCAACAGUACAGCUCUUCAACUUUACCUAGGAGCAAACCAAAAGCUCCGAUGUCGCCAUCCUAUAAACCGUCGGCAACUCCUCCUAUCUUCGUUCCGAGGGAAAGCAGCGCUCCACCACCAUCUAGUUUCUUCAGCCCUCAGCCGACAUAUACCGCCCACAAUGUGAACAACCCCAUAGAGAACAUCCCUUCACCCAGCCAAUCGUACUCGCAAUCGAUACCUCCGACUCCGCCCACGAGGUAUAAUUUAAGCAAUGUUCAGAACUACAACACAGCUGCGAGGGGUUGGGGCGGUGCCAAGGAAGUGUACCGACCUGUCACCUUCGAGAAAUCCUCAUACAGCGAUUUCUAACAUCCCUCGUUAACUAACUAUCUUGAAUUUAAAAUGUGUACAUUAUAGGUUGUAAAUACCUUGGAGAGAGGGAGAGAGAGAUAAUAUAAAGAAGAACAAAGAAC